AUGGGGACCUUGGCUGGGGCCCUGUCCUCCCUCCUGCUGGGAAUGAUGCUCACAUCCACCCCCGGGGCCCUGGGUGCCAACCCUGGCCUGGUCGCCAGGAUCACUGACAAGGGCUUGGAGUAUGUGGCCCAAGAGGAGCUGGUGGCUCUGCAGAGUAAACUGCAUGAUAUCACACUGCCCGACUUCAGUGGGGACGUCAAGAUCAAAUACAUCGGCAAUGCGCACUAUGAAUUCCACAGCCUGGACAUCCACAGCUGUGAGCUGCUCGGCUCUGCUCUGAAGCCCCUCCCCAGCCACGGCCUGCAUUUCUCCAUCUCCGACUCCUUCAUCAGGGUCAAGGGCAAGUGGAAGGUGCGCAAGCGGAUACUGAAACUAGACGGCUCCUUUGACGUGAAGGUCAAGGGCAUCACCAUUUCAGUCAAUCUCCUCUUGGGCAGCGAGCCCUCUGGGAGACCCAAGGUCGCUGUUUCUAGCUGCAGCAGCGCCAUCCGUGAUGUGGAGGUGCACAUGUCGGGAGAUUUGGGGUGGUUGCUGAAUCUCUUCCACCAUCAGAUCGAGUCCAAGUUCCGAAGAGUAUUGGAGAGCAAGAUUUGCAAAAUAAUCCAGGACUCGGUGACCUCUGACCUACAGCCUUAUCUCCAAACUCUGCCAGUCACCAUGGAGAUGGACAUUUUCGCUGGGAUUGAUUACAGCUUAAUGGAGGCCCCUCAGGCAACAGCGGAAAUACUGGACGUGAUGUUUAAGGGGGAAAUUUUUAGCCGUGAUCACCGCUCCCCAGUUGCCUUCCUUGCUCCUGUCAUGAGCCUUCCUGAGGAACACAGCCGAAUGGUCUACUUUGCCAUCUCUAAUUAUGCCUUCAACACCGCCAGCCUAGUUUAUCACAAAGUGGGAUACCUGAACUUUUCCAUCACAGAUGACAUGGUUCCGCCUACUUCUAACAUCCGACUGACCACCAAGUCCUUCCGCGCCUUCUUCCCCCGGUUAGGCAGACUGUACCCCAACAUGAACUUAGAGCUCCAAGGCACAGUGGUCUCUGCCCCGUUCCUGAACUUCAGCCCUGGGAAUCUGUCCUCAGCUGCCCAAUUGGAGAUUGAGGCCUUUGUGCUCCUGCCCAACUCCGUCAAGGAGCCUGUCUUCCGGCUUGGUGUGGCCACUAAUGUGUCUGUCAUGUUGACCUUCAACACCAGCAAGAUCACUGGAUUCCUGAAGCCAGCAAAGAUGCAAGUGGAACUGAAAGAAUCUAAAGUUGGAGUAUUCAAUGUGGAGCUGUUGGAGGCGCUGCUUAAUUACUACCUUCUCAACACCCUCUACCCCAAGGUCAAUGAGAAGUUGACUGAAGGCUUCCCCCUCCCUCUGCUAAAGCGUAUUCAGCUCUAUGACCCUGUUCUCCAGAUCCACAAGGACUUCCUGUUUUUGGGCACCAACGUCCGGUACCUGAGAGUUUGA